AUGGUUCUGUCCCAGCGUCGCUACAUGACUGAUUUGUUAACUAGGGUUAGGAUGGUGGAUUGCAAACCCCUGGCUACGCCUGCAGCGGUCACUCAAUCGGCAACUCCGUCUGGUGAACUAUUUGAUAAUCCGACACAGUAUCGACGUAUUGUUGGGGCUCUACAGUAUCUCACUAUUACACGGCCCGAUUUAUCCUAUUCCGUUAAUCAUCUAUGUCAAUUCAUGCACGCUCCGACUAUUGAUCACUGGGCGAUGGUUAAACGGGUUCUACAGUAUAUUAAGGGGAAGCUACACUAUGGCCUGCACCUGAGUGCGUCACCCACUACUUCUAUUCAUGCCUAUUCCGAUUCCGAUUGGGCUGGGUGUCCAGUUGACAGGAAAAGCACAAGUGGAUAUGCUGUUUUUCUCGGGUCUAAUCUUAUCUCCUGGUUGUCCCGGAAACAGCGGACUGUGGCCCGCUCCUCGACAGAAGCCGAGUAUAAAGCCUUAGCCGAUGUUGCUGCAGAAGUUACUUGGGUUGUUUCUUUGUUACGUGAGCUGGGGUUGCAUACUAGUCAGCCGUCUACUUUGUGGUGUGAUAACUUAGGAGCCACGUAUUUGUGUGCUAAUCCAGUCUUCCACGCCAGAACGAAGCAUGUUGAGAUCGACUAUCAUUUCGUACGGGACAAAGUUGCGACAGGGGACUUUAAGGUCAACUUCAUAUCAACCAAGGACCAGCUCACUGAUAUCUUCACCAAGCCUCUUCCAGGUUCAAGGUUCACUGCUUUACGAGACAAGCUUAAUGUUGUUUCUCACUAA